AUGAUUCACAUUCCAGAAUCCACACUAUACUCUCAUUUUCACCCAUAUUGAAAUCACUCACUUACUUCACUCCAUCGUUCACCAUCAUCAUCAUCAACAAGAACACUGAACAUUCAUAUAUAUGACACAGAAAAUGUGGCCUUUAAGCUCUGAAAAGAACAGCAGCAGGAAGAUGCAAAAUGAAUCUGGCAGCUCCACAAGCGCCACCACCAACAAUGCUGUGGCAACGAAAUCCAUGGUGUCAGCAUGCCACUGUUGUUGUUUGGUGACGAAACUUAUGAGGAAACUGAAGAGACGUGGCCGCACACUGCGACCGAAAACUGCGAGUCGACAAGGUUCGUUCCAAUGUCGCUAUGAUCCGUUGAGUUAUUCCUUGAACUUUGACUCCACUGGAUGUGGCAGCUUAAUGGAUGAAGAUUACUACAAGUUCUACGCUUUCUCUUCCAGGUUUGUGGCAAAUCCAAGAACAACUUCUUCAUGCCCCGUUCUUCAACUACAAUCACCACAAUGAAGAAUCUCUUCACUUUUUUCUUUCUCCAAUGAUAAAGUAUUGUAGGGAUCUAAUGUCUAUGAGCUUCUUCCGUAACAUAUAUAUUGAAUCAUAUCAUUUAUCUUAUCGUUAAUUUCGUUUAACUUCAAACAUAUUCGUUGCUAA